AUGGCGACCCUCUCUUCCAAUCGAUUCUUUGAUCUUAUCAAACCUGGAAUCACCACCAAAGCCCUACCACACAUAGGAGGAUCUGACCAUCGAAUGAAACCACAUCUUCUACAGUUCCAAAAUUGUCUUCCAGGGUUACGAUCCGUCUAUGAAGUGAUCUUCGUUGCUUCAUUUCCACAUCUGCAAGUUACCAUCUUUGAAUCAGAAGCGAUUGGAUGUCGUGAAGGGUGCAACGGUCGAGCAACAGUGGAAAGGAGGAGAGAUGAUCGACUGAUGAAGCUAAAGGAUUUUCCCAAAAAUCGAACAUGCAAUUUCUUUUAA